AUGAGCCAACCUUCUAUGGAAAGCAAGCCCAGGAUUGGAUUGGUCAACGGUGGAAAUUCGAAGGAGAACCGUACGGUGGAAGAGCUCCAGAAAAAGAUUCAGCAAGAGAUUGAAAAGGAGAGUGCUGGUGGAAAGUUGGAUAUCAACCUCAACGAUAUCCUCGGCAAGAUCGGUGCUCAUCUGAAGGUCGAAGGUGAUCUGCACAAGAGCGACAAUAAGACGACGGUUACAGACAACGGAAAGAGUGAUACUGAGAGCCAGUCUACGCAGCGUGACAAGCAGCAAUCGACGUCCUCGGAGCAUCACCCUUCGUCGUCGUCGUCGUCGUCGUCGUCUUCUUCGAAAGACCACACUUCGUCCUCCUCGCAGCACCAUCCGACGUCGACUUCGUCGAAACAUCACACAUCGUCUUCUUCGACGCACCACUCAUCGUCGUCGAAGGAUGACUCGUCUUCUUCCAAGCCCCACCCGACCUCUUCUUCGAAACACCAGUCGCGUCCUUCGAAGUACCGUUCUAAGGAUUCCUCGUCAUCUUCGACACACCACUCGUCGUCGAAGCACCACUCGUCGUCGAAGCACCACUCGUCGUCGAAGCACCACUCGUCGUCGAAGCACCACUCGUCGUCGAAGCACCACUCGUCGUCGAAGCACCACUCUUCGUCGACGCACCACUCGUCGUCGAAGCACCACUCUUCGUCGACGCACCACUCUUCGUCGACGCACCAUUCGUCCUCUUCAAAGCACCAUGCGUCCUCGACGCACCACUCGUCGAGCUCGGCUGCCCCUAAGGAGACUGGGUCGAAGGUAUCUCAGAGCUUGACUGCUUCGGGUCGUGCAUCGUUCAACUUGGGUGGCUUCUAUCGUGUCUCUAUGGAUGGGAAGUUGUCCGAGCGUAUCAACAUGGGCCAGAGUGGCUCGUCUGACUCGUCUGGGGGACGCGUUGCGGCGGCAUCGAACGAACCUAACGGUAACCUGCCGAACCAAAGUGUGAUUACGAACAACCCAUCGUAUGGCUUCCUUGAGGCGCAGGAUGACCUGUAUACCAUCCGAAAGUGGGCUGGCGAUCUGGGUAAGUUGGCCAGCAAGGAAAACCGCAAUGAGACUAUCAUGGCACUCUUCGAUGCUGCGUCGCGCUACUACCCUGAGGUGGAUACGAAGAAGGUUGUUCGCAUUAUGCUGGCCGAUAUUAAGAGCGAGUCGGACUUCGAGUCGAACAAUGUUAGCCCGGGUCGUGUUGAUUCGGGUGACAGCGUUGGUCUGCUCCAGAUCAGCCCGUAUGGUUCGGGGGAGCUGAAGCAAUUCCAGAGUAUGGCUCAAGGGGAUCAGAACACGUACUCGUGGACUCCCGGCACUGCUUCCGACGCGGAAAUCAGUCUCGGUGGAUUUUCAGAAUUGGGUCCACUUAUGGACUUCAAGAACAACCAGAAGAUGGACAUCAAGAAGCUGAGUAACGACGACCUAUCUCGUCCUUGGGUUAACAUCCACAUUGCCAUGUGGUUGCAAUCGAACCUGGGUCGUUCUGGCAGUCAAGAUCCGAGUGAUUGGGGCAAGAUCUCGAGCAAGUGCAAGGAUGUGCGUCAGGCUUACGCUCCUGCUCUUCGGAAGCUAGUGCCAAGCUCGCUGACAGACUCGACAGAGGCUCGUGCUUCUUCCUCCUCGAAUUCUUCGUCGAGCUCGAAUUCUGGAUCGAGCAGCUCCAGCAGCAACUCUAGCAGCUCCAGCAGCAACUCUAGCAGCUCCAGCAGCAGCUCUAGCAGCUCUAGUGACUGGAACGAGAGCACGUACAAGUCGAAGCUUGACGCGCUGAACAAGCAGCUCAAGGGAUCUCAUUAUCAGAAGCCCUCAUUUGCGACUGCUCUUGGCUCGUGGGUGGCUGGUCCAUCUGCAAGUGACAACAGUGGCUACAGUCGCUCGGGUGAUGAUGUCAGCAGUCAGUACUUCUCGCACAUCUCGGAGGGUCUUUCGGUUCUUUACACCGGCAGUGAGAAGAACAAGGACAAUUACGGCAAGAAGUGGCUCGAGGACAUUGUUCUUGUGCCUGGUCUUGUUGACUUUAGCGACUGA